UUCUAUAUCUUAAUCCUUUAAAACUUAAAAAACUUUUUAUAUUAGGCAUAUAGAGUGAUUACAAACAGCGCUGAUUUCACCUGCAACCCUUCAGAUUUGGGUUCCUCAGGUUCUCAUUAUUUUUUAUAUAUACUGUAUGUACAUGCAUGCAGGGAAAAGAGGUGGACGAACCCAUAUUUGGCACACGUUGGAUGCAGCCAAAUAUAGGCCGUGAUUUACUAAUGCUGGAGAAUCAACUUCCUAUGUUCGUACUGAAUGAAAUUUAUACCUUAACUUCCUCAUGUAGUUGGUCAAGUUCACCGAACAAGCUUGCACUCCAAUUCCUCGAACCCUUGAGACUUGGUAAAAACCCGAUGCCGGGAAGAAAGCUGGACACAACGGACACGUACGAACAUCUUCUGCAUUUAUUUCACUCGAGCCAUGGACCAGUUGAUCAGGACAGUAACUCUGACCAAACAAAAAGAACAAUGUUGAAGCAUGAUGAAAAGCUUCCUGGGAAGGGUUGGGUUAAUAAUGCCUGGAAGCUUAUUUCUGCAGGCAUUGUGCUUAAAGGCAAAUCUGGUGAUCAUCAACCUUUGGAUAUAGAGUUCAAGAAGAAAGUUUUGAAGAUCCCAACACUUUUCCUUGAUGAUGGAAGCAGCCCUCUGUUGAGAAAUCUGAUAGCUUAUGAACAGAGCAACAGAUGUGUUGAACCUUAUUUCUCUUGUCUUGCAAUUUUCUUCGACAGUAUUGUGGAUACUGGCAAAGACAUCAACAUUCUUCGCAAUGCUGGGAUUAUCAAACAGGCCGCAGGUGGCAAUCGUGAAAUUGUACACCUUUUCAAUAGUCUGACCAAGGAGCUUCAGUUUGACAUAGGAGAGUACUGUCCCAUAACCAGCCAAAUUGAAGAUAUCAACUAUCAUUGUCGAUCUCGGACGGCUAGAUUGAAGAUUCCAGUUCGGUCUUUUUUCUCUCGCCUGGACUAUUUCUACUGUGUCCUUACAUUAAUUUCCGUCGGUGCUAUCAUGUAUGGCCUCUACUAUCAAUUCCACCAUUCAGAAAAUGAAAAAUAAAACCUUGUAUCCGUAUUCUGUUACCUUAAACAGUUGGAUGGGAUAUUUACAAGGUUGUUACUAUCUAGCUUAGUCCAUGUACAUUUUUGUAUCGUGCAUCAGGUUCAUAUAUAUACCUGCUCAUCAGACUCUUGAUGACUAAAUGUAUAUAUAGACGUUUACAAUAUACUUAAUAAAAUAAUCAUUCACUCCAUGUUAUUUCUACAAUCUUUCAACUUGGUAUAGAGCCAAAAGAUCCAAUAGAUCUUAGGAUCCAAUUAUUUAGAAAGUAGAAAUCAUCUACUAUUUAAAAAUUACAAAAUAACUUACCUAUUUAUUUUUCCCUCGAUGACCACAUCUUCAUUUUACUUAUUAUCAUACCUAAGCUAUAAGAAAAUUAUUAGAGCAUAAGACAAAAGUAAAAUAAUAAAUCAGUUAAAAAAAAA